GAGGAUAUUACCGAUGCCAAGUCUCAGGAAGAGAAGAAGAGAAACCACUGGCUAUCUGAGCCUGCAGACGGUUACAAUACAGUGAAGAGUGUUCUCACUGUACAGGAGUAUUUCGCUAAGCGCAUGGCAAAACUGAAGGGAUCCCAGAAUGAAACGGAAACAAAGGUAGACAAUUCCUGCCCAACAGCUGACGAAGCUUUGGAGCCUUCAGAAGAACUGAAAACCAAAGUCAAAAAGAAAAAGAAGAAGCAGAAGAGAGAUGAGGCAGAGAGUACAGAGUAUUGCGAGAAACCAAAAGUGAAACAACCUAAGAUAGGUAGCUUGAAUGGAAAGGAACUGGAUGCUUCAUUAAAUGAGUGUCGCUCAGGGAAAAAGAAAAGGAAACAUAAAGAGCAGCACAAAGGGGAGAGCAUUAGUUGUGAUGAAAAUAUGGGCAAUGGAGAAAUUUAUAUGGGAAUAUCUGAUGGGGAAGAUCUCGGCAUAAAGGACUAUGAAGCAAAGCAAAAGAAACACCAUAAGAAGAAACACAAAAGGCAAAAAGAGGAGACAGAUGAGUGUAUCGAAGGAGCGCAAAGAAAGCAAAAGAAGCACUGCAAGCACAUUUAA